ACAUGCAGUCCUAAUGUUGCCUUUUUCGAAAAACAUUUUCUUUCCUUCUUGUCUUCUUUCCUUUUUUAAAGAUUUUCCACCCCCGGUCACCCCCUCUGGAUCCGCGCCUGGUGACAUAUCAUGCUUUCUGUUUAUGCAGGUAAACUUGUGUUUGGUUAAAUUUCAACAGAGCACAAUUGUCUGAACAGUGUACAAACUCAUUACUGUUUUUUCAGGCAAGGGUGGAAAAAAAGUGGUAGACAAUGAAAGCAGUAACAUUUUUAUUAAAAAAAAAUAAACAAUGAGACAAACAUUUCCAACAUCUUUGGACGGUUCAAAAAUCCCAUGUUAAACAUACGAUAAAGCCCGAAACGCGUGAAAAUGUUCCGAUGGUAAAUCGGGUGAAGUAAGCGCUCUAUGUAUGAAGUUAGAUUAUGCGUCUAGAUUGAUUAAACUGGGCGAGUCUACUUACUUAUUACUUGAGGAUGAAAAAAAAAACGUGUUUUUUAAAUGUUGCUCUUAAACAAGGGUGGCGGUUGAACUACUAAAAGUACAACAACAGUUAAUUCACAACAAAUCGUACGGUAUGUUUUAUAAUCAGUUUAGUCGUAUUUACGCUUAUGAGACCUGUUUCACCCACAAGUAAAGAAUUCACAGGUCCAUCAUGAAAUAUUUUCCCCAGCGCGCAUAUACUUGUCCUAUUCAAUAUGAUCGCGGCCGCGAUCAAUAAAAUAAUAAAAUGGUUUCUGUUCAUUGUUGUAUUUAAGAUUCAUACAGCUAGCGAAUAUUUCGAUCCAUUCUAAAUGGUAAAGGAAGUUAUUAGGUCGGAUCACAUUACAUAGCUACUUCUUUUUGAAAUUGUAAGUGAAGCAUAACGUUUUCUUUGACUAGAUCUAAAAUGUUGAUAUUGAAAUUCAGGCGUUACUGUUAUACCAUAUAAGAUUCUGUUCCAUGUCAGAGGAAUAUUUCUGACUGUAUUCAUUGAUUCGAUUAGCCGACAGGAGUCUGGAUGACAGGGGAAAAAAAAGACAAUGUGCAUGUAAAAAUGGGUGAAACAAGCAGUUUUAUGCAUGAAUACAAAUUAAUGAAAGAACCCCAACAGCCAGGCCACAAUCUACGGGCGUUUUAUUUGGAUGCCAACAUGGAAAGUUCGUCACUAGACAUGAUGAAAUAUGAAGAGUUACGCCUGGCAACCUUGCGAAGUUUUCCCAGGGAAAAUAAGCCCGACAUUGUCAGCAUCGCAGUAGCUGGGUUCUACUGCGGCUCAGAUGGUGAUGCAGUGACUUGCUAUUGUUGCGGUUUAACACUUAGAGAACUGACAGCAGAACACAAUCCUAUGGAGAUUCAUAGAAGGAUGUCUGAACACUGUAGGUUCAUUAGUCAUAAUCAAGACGUGAAUAAAAGUUAUUUCAAACGAACUCGUUGUGAAGAAGUCAUACUUCAAGCAGUUCCAUCUUGCGACAAAAAGGAUCACCAGACACCAUUUAAGGAUGUGAAAGAUAGAGACGAAUGUACAGCAUACCAAGAAAUGGGAUAUCUGGAACAUCUAGAAAGAAAUCAGAUAGCUGUUUCUGCUGUGCAGCAAGGAGUGAAAGUUAAGGCAAUGUGUAACGACCUUGACACAAAGCAAGCAGACGAGGAGAAUAACCUAAAGAAAUGUUAUAUAGCACAGUUGGAAGAAACAACGCAAGAACUGGGGACAGCGCGUUCCAGUAAACUAUCAAAUUCUCAACAAUUUGUUGAUUUGGGUAUCAGCCUGCGUAAACCUGUGUUAGGGACUGCUACAAUUCCAGAUUGUCCCAUAGACCUGAAAGAAAAACACAAACAGAAGCCAUCGAUACAGAGUGAAGAAGAAUUCAUUAGUUUGCAUGAAAUACCAUCUAGUGUAAGCUUGAAUGUGCCAUCCUGCCUGGUAAAAAAAGUUACACUGAUAGGAAGAGGGACGUUUGGUAGAUGCUAUAAAGGCAUAAAUGCAGAGUCUGGUGCGAUGCUAGCAAUAAAAGAGAUACCUUUCAGUGCUCAAGGGAAAGAUGGAAAGCCUGCACUAGAGGAUACAAGAAAGGAGUUCUCUCUGCUGAAGGGUCUUUGUCACCCAAAUAUCAUACGUGUGCUAUGGGAAACAUGUGAUAAAGAUAAAUAUCAUAUAGUUAUGGAGUAUAUGCCAGGUGGAUCUGUCGGUGGUCUUCUGAAAUUGACUGAAAAUGGAUUAAAAGAAUCACUGAUCAUACGUUACACCAAACAGAUUUUGCACGGCUUAUCAUACCUGCAUUCAAGAGAAAUAUUACACAGAGACAUCAAAGGAGAAAACCUACUUCUAACAGAAAAUGAUCUUGACCUUAAAAUAGGUGACUUCGGAAGUGCGACUAAGGUGGAUUGUAUAAUCAGUGGAGUGAAAGAAAAAUCCCAUGUAGGGACUGUGCCACUCAUGGCUCCUGAGGGUGGCAAGGGAAAACAGCUAUACGGGUGCCGGGGAUGUGUGGAGUGCUGGAUGUUGCAUUAUUCAGAUGGCUACAGCCAAACGUCCAUGGAAUGCAGACAAAUUUGACAACGAAUGGAGUCUUUUAUAUAAGAUUGGCACGUCGUCCGAUCCGCCUCCCAUCCCACACUGGCUGUCUCCAUCACUGAAGAGGCUAACCGAGUCUUGCCUGAUGAUGAAUAAAGAAGGCAGACCAUCAGCAGAAGAGUUGUUAAAAAACGAUCUCUUCAUAGAAAGUAGGGAAAAUGGCAAUCCAGGUGUUUUUGAGCUGAGUGGAAAUGUGCAUGAAACAAUGUAGGAGAGGUGGAAUGAAAGAGGUUUUCAUUAUUAGUGGGAAAACAAUUUUAGCUGAUUGAAAUUGUUUAUGCCUUUUCCAUUUCACGUUUAGCAUUAGCUGAAAACUGUGUUAUACUUCUUGUGUGUGAGAACGGAAGGUUGAUACAUGUGAAAAUAUGAAAACCCUCAUUUUAUUCGAACAGUGUAGUCGUGUUAACUCUGACAUUCAAUAAAAUAAAUGUGACCAUAACUAAUUACUUGUUUACUGCGUUACGUCUAGAUGUGCAUUGUUUAAUUAUUGUUAUUUUUGUUGUUCUCUAAAUUUCUUGUCUAAAAUAGGGUUAUUUUGAUGGUAACCUGAUCUGGCACAGUGUAUUCGGCUUGAGUGGAUUUUGCCAGGCCGGAUUAAAAAAAGGCGCUCCUGGCAAGUUCCACUCGAGCCGAAUACAACAUCCCUGACCUUACUGCUGUUAUAAUGAUUCUUUUUAUAUAUAUCUCCACUGUUUUGUUUCAGGUUUUUUUUAACCAAGGAAUAUUAAGGAUUAUCGAUGUUAAGAUUGAACUGAGUGAGUUCUUUUGUGCACUAGCUGUUCAUAUAACUCUGUCAGGUCAUCGAUAUUAGUUAAUGAAAUGAGUCUAGCAACAAACAUAACACCGGGUUUAGAGUUCAAUAUAUUUAAAUUGUUUUCUGCCUGUUCGUGUUUUUCUUCUGAAACACAAGGCGUAUUUAUUACAGAAUUUAUAUAGGCAUAUGAUUAAUUUAUCUAUUGUACCUCCAAUACAUAUUUUAGCUAAUUUCAAGAUCUUUAUUCUAUUUAACAUCAGUGCUUUAGUUUUAUUCACCUGUGAUAUGCUGUGUAAAAUACCACUGUUGUAUUUAUUACCAAAAAAAACAAAAAUUGUUAGUAAAAGUAAAAUACUUACUUUAUUUUAUGUUCAUUUUUUUUUAAUUCCAAGCUUUCUUCCUCUUUAAAGAGUGAAUGGAAUAAAAGGAGUAAUAGCAUUUGGAUAAUUCUAUGCAGAAUUUGAAUUGUCAAAUCAUUGAUUGUAUAGUUUUGAUAAAGGUAUGGGCUAAAAUUGCCAUGGAAAUAUAUCCUUUUUCUUAUGUGUGAAGAUGUAGUGAAAACUCUUACACUUGUUCCACAUAAAAUAACUGGAAAAUAAAGGACACGAAUAGCUUCAAAUAUUUUCUCACGUUUAUGAAAAUCGGAAUAAAAAUGAAAUGAGCGGACUAUCAACAUUUGUCAUUCAGAUAUAUUUUUAUAUUUGAUUUAUUCAUAAUCAUAAUGUUGUCACUCGUUAAUUGUUUUACUAUUAUUGUUUGAUGAUACAAAAUCAUAGGAAGAAACUUUGUUACAUUUUAAUAGGUAUAGUUAUAGUUAUCAAAACAGUGUUAUAUAUUAGUCGUCAGGACCAGUGCAAUGUGUGUUCGUUAAAAAAAGACAUUCCGCAUUUUCUGUAAAAUCUUCAUUCACUUGGUUUGGUUUGCAAUUGUUCGAGUUGUCUCCCUUUAGCUACAACUUGAAUUAAAUAUGGAUGAUAAGAAACAUAAGAGAUAGACAGUUUUUCUAACAUUCUUACAGUAUACUCAUAAAAACUGAACAUUUGCUUUAAAGUGUUAACAUCGUCUACUAUCUGUAUGAAAGAUAAUAAAUCACAUGUCAAAAUAACCAGAAAAAAAGUAUUUUGAAUUGUAUUAGCACUAAUCAGUAUAACGUUACAUAUUAUUCUCCGUAUGUUUGUAAUGAUGUAUCAUUGAUAUUGUAGCCGUAAUAAAACGACUUGUAACGUUCAACUAUUGAUGUU